AUGGUAGCCUACAACGACAUCAGGGUUCAGGCUCAGAGAGCCCUGAUCGAUUGGUGGAUGGAGGAUCUGGAGUCUCCAGCGACGGGUCUAGCGACGGUGGAUGCAUUUCUGAAAAGCCGUGGAAUCGCCAAACGUGCUCUUCACGAGGCGGAUGGAGACUGGACAGUGAUCCCCGCCGGAAUCAACCUCGGUGGAUACUGUAUGAUGAAAUUGCCUAAACAUAUGUUGUUCUUUCAUCGAAUGAAGCUUCGUAACAACACAAUAUUCCGGAUAACCGAAUUGAAAAAUGAUUUCACAAAGCUCGCACUCAACGCCCGUAUUCUUCUUAAUGACCUCUAUCUCUUCGGUUCUUACGACGUCACAGCUGCUAAGAAACCAGGAGUCCUUGACUAUGAACCUUCAUUCGGACAAUACAGAAAUAAAAAUUCAACAGUAUCAGUGCAGCUAAAAGAGAAAAACAUAGCUGAAUUCAGUCGGAGACUAAAAGCGGACUUGGACAAAUGGCUGAAGGACUAUUUCAACGACUACCUUAUGCAUUACGUUGCAGCAGAAAAUAAAGAUUUUGAAAAUUACAAUCGGGAGAAGACUCAGGUCCUCAAUAACUUUGCAGACAAAGCAAUAGACAAAGUAGUAAGCCGAAUACACGAAAUAAAAGCGAAUGCUGUACGACUACCCUCAUUCGUGAUACACAUCGCACAUUAUAAGGAAAUAAGAUUGAGAGAUGGAGUACUUCGAGGCUUGGAUAAUAUUUAUAGACGGGCCAUAACUACAGCGAAUACAGAAAAAAAUUGUACAUUUUGGAAUAUGGACACUGUGGUUGGUUUCAGCGAUUUAAAGAUUGUAUAUAGGUAUGAUGCGAUCCUUAAAUCUGGGCCCCCCGUAACUGGUUCUUUGAUCGUCACAGCAGACGAACUGACUGCCCACAUGAGACUUACUACAGUGAUAGAUACAGGUGACACCGACUUGAGUUUCGAGUUCUUUGAACAGGGAAAACCAGAGUCGUUAAUAGUUGAAGGUCCAGCAAAUAGGAUGAUAUCCAACUUCAAAUUAAUACUUGAACACCACAUCGUCGCCAUCAUGAGCAAUGCUCUAAUGCAUAAUAUAAAUAUGCUUAGCACUUUAAGCAAAUGCGUGCCCUUACUCACGGCGUAUACAGGACCAAAAGAUCUUGAUAACAACAAAAACAUUGAUGAAAAUGAUAACAACAUUGAUGACGAUGAUAUAAAUAGCAAAGAUAUGAAUCAAGAAGAUGAAGAGCUUCAGAGAAGUUCAGCGCAAGAGACUCAACCUGAAAAAAUUUUAACAGCUAGUAACUCGUCUGAACUGAUUCGUCAAAACUGCGCUAAAAUGAAAACGAUGCGUGCUUCAAACGCUGAUUUCAAUAUAAAGUAA